GAGAGGCGAGGGGCGUUGCCGGCCUUAUUCUGGUCUGUUGCGUGAACCCAAACAAACGGCGAGCAUUUACAGCGGAUGGGAGACGCGUUCGGAUAAAACCCAUCAAAGCAGCAGCAGCAGCCAUGGGCAAGGGCCAGUCACACUUGUCCAAAAGCAAAGACGAGAGUCAAGACGCGCUGACGGCUGCUGGCGAGUUCAGAGACGGUCAAACGGAGGACGAUGGGAAGCACGGAGACGUGUCUCAGUUCCCGUACGUGGAGUUCACUGGACGGGACAGCGUCACGUGCCCGACAUGUCAGGGUACUGGCAGAAUCCCACGAGGUCAGGAGAAUCAACUCGUGGCUCUGAUUCCAUACAGCGACCAAAGGCUGCGGCCAAGCAGGACGAAGCUGUAUGUCACCAUAUCUGUGGCUCUCUGCCUCCUGCUGUCCUGCCUCGCCGUUUUCUUCCUCUUCCCGCGCUCCAUCGAUGUCACGUACGUCGGAGUCAAGUCUGCCUACGUUUCCUAUAAUCAGGAGCAGCGAAUUGUCUAUCUCACCAUUACAAACACUCUGAACAUCACUAAUAACAACUACUACGCCAUAUCUGUGACCAACAUAACAGCGCAGGUGCAGUUCUCCAAGACGGUGAUUGGGAAAACCAAAUUCAACAACACGACGGUGAUCAUGCCUCUGGAUGAACGGCAGCUUGACUACACCGUUCCCACAACCAUCGCUGAUGAGAUGAGCUACAUGUUUGAUUACUGCACCUUACCAACUAUUAAAGUCCACAACAUAGUGGUCAUGAUGCAGGUGACGGUAACGACGUCGUACUUCGGUCACGCGGAGCAGGUCUCUCAGGAAAUGUACCAGUACGUGGACUGCGGCGGGAACACGACCUCCAUGCAUGGCCAUGUUCAGGUCUACCAGUAGGAAGGAAAAAGUCUCCGUCAGCAAAACUCAUUUCUCAGUGAAAAUGGUUUCUCCUAAAAUACUCAUCUGGCCUGAAACGUUGCCCUCCUUCACAGUAUCUUUUGCAAUAUGUGCUUUGAAAUUUGACGUUUUCCCCCUUUUAGACUGCAGAGUUCCUCACUGCAAAAACGCAAAAACAUCACCAAGUAUUGCUGCUCUGGUUUCCAGUUCAAAUAUCUUGGUAGACAAAAUAAACUUACAAGUAACUUUUCAGAAAGAUGUAGGAGCUUUUUUUUUUAAGGUGAAUAAUUCCUUCUUACUGCGCCGUUA